AUGCUCCUGGCGAGCCAGGCCGCUAACGCUGCCCCUGUUGCCAUGGGCAACGCUCAGGGCGACCUCGCCGCGCGCGGCAACGUUGCCAACGCUCGCGAUGAGAUCCCUGACUUUGCCCGUCGCGGCACGGACAUGAGCGCGGGCAAGGAGCGCGCUCAGCGCCGCAAGGUCCACGAGGAGCCCACCUGGGAGCCCUACACGGUCCUCGUCCCGAAGACCACGGAAAAGGGCUCGACCGUGCACGACACCAAGACGAAGUACCGCACCCGCACCCGCACCCGCACCUACCUUACUACCUAUACCCCGUCGACUACGUCGCAGCAGUCGUGGACUAGCGUCGCUACCCUUGGUACGACGAUUACGCUCGAGGGCGCUGGUUCCGGCACUGCGCAGCCGACGUCGGCUAUUAGCGGUGGCUCAGGUUCGGACAGCGGCUCGUCGGGUUCGUCGGGUUCGUCGGGCUCGUCUGGCUCGUCUGGCUCGUUCCCUGGCGUGACUUCGGGAUCUGGCUCGGACUCGAACUCGAACUCGGGUGCGGACUCGAACUCGAACUCGAACUCGAACUCGGGUGCGGACUCGAGCGCUAACUCGGGUGCCAACUCGGGUGCUGGCUCGGACUCCAACUCGAACUCGAACUCGGGUGCUGGCUCGGACUCCAACUCGAACUCAAACUCGAACUCGGGCUCUAACUCGAACUCGGGUGCCGACUCGAGCUCGAACUCGGGCUCUAACUCGAACUCGGGUGCCGACUCGAACUCGAACUCGGGCUCUAACUCGAACUCGGGCUCUGACCCGUCUUCGAGCUCGAACUCGGGCUCGGACUCGUCGUCGAACUCGAACUCGAACUCGGGCUCGAACUCGGGCUCGGGCUCGGGCUCGAACUCGGGCUCUGACUCGUCCUCUGGCUCCAAGUCGGGCUCGGACUCGAACUCGGGCUCUGGUUCCAAGUCGGGUUCUGGCUCUAAGUCGGGCUCUAACUCGCACUCGGGCUCCAAGUCUGGCUCGGGCUCCAAGUCGGGUUCGGGCUCGCACUCGGGCUCUGGCUCCAAGUCGGGUUCGGGCUCCAAGUCGGGUUCUAGCUCUGGUUCGAACUCGGGCUCCAACUCGACGUCUGGCUCUGACUCGGGCUCCGGCUCCGGCUCGGGCUCGGGCUCUGGUUCCAACUCGAGCUCCAACUCGGGCUCCAACUCGACCUCCGGCUCUGAUUCGGGCUCCGGCUCGGGCUCUAGCUCGAACUCGGGCUCGAACUCGAACUCGGGAUCGAACUCGAACUCGGGAUCGAACUCGAACUCGGGAUCGAACUCGAACUCGGGCUCUGGCUCCGGCUCUAACUCGAACUCGGGCUCGAACUCGUCUUCGGGCUCGAACUCGGGUUCGAACUCGGGCUCGAACUCGUCUGGCAACGACCCUGAGCUGUGCGACGACAGCGAAAGCGACAGCCUUCUUCCUCCCCUUCUCCAGAACUUCCCGAGUGCUAGCCAGGUUAGUGAAGCGGUCAGCAAGCACUGCGUCCCCACUUCAUCUUCUAACUCGAGCUCUUCGUCCGGAACGUCUUCCGCUUCCCCUUCCUCUUCUGCGCGCAAUGCUAACAUCAGAACUGAUACGAGCGGCUCCUUCCCUACUGCCACCUCGAAGCGGCUAGACCGUGUGGUUUCGACGCUCAGCUCGUCGGACGUGUCGUCCAGCACUUCUCCCAGCUCGAAGCACUCUAACAAGCACCACUCCUCGUCGCACGGCCACAGCUCGAGCAAGCACCACUCGUCGAGCAAGCAUCACUCGUCGAGCAAGCAUCACUCGUCGGGCAAGCAUCACUCGUCGAGCAAGCACCACUCGUCUGCUAAGGCCACGUCGAGCGAUGACUGUGAUGACGAGUAA